ACUGAUCCAGCUGGUCGUGGCUUUCCCUACUGUGUGUGAUCUGGUUGGAACUUCACUGGCAGGUAUUGGCCUGGUGUACGUGGAUGCUUCAGUUUGGCAGAUGUUACGGGGCUCCAUCAUCAUAUUUGCAGGAAUUUUAUCCAGGAUAUUCCUGAAACGUCAGCUUGGUUGUAUAAAAUGGACAGGGAUGUUUUUCACCAUGGGGGGUUUGGUGCUCGUAGGCUGUUCGAGUAUAUUCAAGGCGGACAGUAGCAACCGAAAUGCUGGCAACACAAUUCUAGGUAUAAUACUGAUCAUAUCCAGUCAGAUUGUCAGUGCUUCUCAGAUGAUUAUAGAGGAAACAUUCCUAAAGAAAAAAAGUCUUCAUCCACUGCAGGUUGUUGGACUUGAAGGCAGCUAUGGUGUUAUUUUCAUGUCUGUGAUAGUCCUUCCAGCUAUGUACUAUAUCCCGGGGUCAGAUGUAAACAAUAGCUACGAGAACAGUAUGGACGCCCUGUACCAGAUCGCAAAUGAUUCCCGGCUACUGGUGUUCUGUCUGCUGUACCUGCUCUCUAUUGCUUUCUAUAAUUACUUUGGCCUAGCUGUCACCAAGUCUCUGACAGCUGUACAUCGUACUUUGAUUGACGCCUGUAGAACAAUCAUAGUUUGGGGAAUUGAUCUCUUUGUCUACUAUGCAUUUGAUAAGGGGUUUGGUGAACCGUUUGAUAAAACCUAUGGUCUGUUACAAGUGGAUGGUUUCCUGUUCCUACUGAUCGGUACAGCCUUAUACAAUAACCUAGUGGACCUCAGUUGGAUACCCUGUCUACGCAGUUGUGUCUCACAAU